GCCCUCAUACAAAUCGAAUGAUUUAUGUGGCGCAUAUCUACUUGGUACCUCCCUGUACCACUGCUUAUGUGUUUAAAUAGUAAUAAUAAUAAUAAUAAUAAUAAUAAUAAUAAUAAUAAUAAUAAUAAUAAUAAUAAUAAUAAUGUGGUGACUGGCAUUAUGUACGAUUCUGUCCAUUUAAAGAAGCAUAAAUAUCAGAUGUGCAACAAACGUGGACAUAAAGAAGGUCAUGGUCCACCGAAUCGUACGCCUCAGCCCAAGAAGAAGCGUAAACGUCAUCGACACACCAGAUACUACGAACCUGCUCAAAGGGAAGGUGUUUGGUGUACGGGGUCACCAUAUUAGACGAUAUCUCUCCUUAUGCUUAAAAUUUGUUUGCUAAAAAUAAACGAUUGUCUGAGCACAGUUGCAGCAGACGAUCACCAUUAUCUGUUCGCUGUGCCGGUAUACUAAAAUACCCACCUAAAUGUCUUUCUGUUUGGUUUAAACUACCUAUCUGGGCAUUAAAGUCACCUGCUACGAGUACUAUGUCUGAACGUUUAGCUUUCUGAAGAAGUUCAGAUAGCUUUCUGUAAAAUUCAUCUCUCACUUCAUCUGAACUGCAGUCGGUGGGAGAGUAGGCAGAAACGACAAAAAGGCAACGACGUGUGUCCCUAUCCUUCCGAGUCCUUACGGAGCCGUUUAGCCGAACAACACAUCGGCGACUGUUGACGGGGAUCCAAUCUAACAGUGCUUGUUCCGCCCUCAUGCUUAGUGCUAUCCCUACUCCUGCCAGUCCACGAGAACUGGCCAUCAGGUCACCAGAUACACAGAGGGUGUAUCUCGUCGGCUCUUCGUUUUGCAGAGGUGAGGUCAAGUAAAUGACCACACUGGGAUCCUGUAUGCGUGUUUCGGAGACACAGCAUACAUCAAUGGUACGAGAUUCUAGGGUUUUAGCCAAGGAAGCCUGCUGACCGAUUUGACAUAGGGUGCGUACGUUAAAGGCUCCAAUGUGUAGUUUGGAGCGAGGUUUCAGUAGACCUGGGACAGUGUUUUGAGCACUAGAAUCGUUGGCUAUGGUGACACUUGAGGGGGAAGCCGAAAAAGGAAGUUUAGAGGUGAAAGUCGAUGUAGGAGGAAUGAUAGAAUUGAAGAGGGAGGUUGAUUAUGAAUACAGUGGUCUUGAGUGCUGUUAGUGGUAUCAGGGUAGUUAUCACUUCCCAGUUGCCCACACCGUAGAACGGUCCUUCUGGAGGUACCUGAAAAGGAAAUUGGAUUAGAGGAGGUCAUAUUGAUUUGAGAGUGUGACCGCAGUGCCCAAGGGACAACUGCUCGAAGUCGGUCACACACGACCUUUUUAUGAGUAAUUUUUGUGUUAGCUCCGUACUUGUUGAGACCUUACCGCCAGAGACAGAUAUCCGUGGGAUAAGGCGAGGUGUGCAUUUUUAGGGUCGACCUUUUCUAACCCCAUCCCUCCUUGUGGGAAGGCAGCAUCGCUGUCAUGCUGGUUGCCUGAAGGAAACACCUUACUGCUGUCACACCUCUGUACAGUCAGCAGUACGACUUCGCCUUCGGACCUUAGGUUUGUUGCUUUUAGUCUUACCGCUCUUUAACCAACCCGUCUGACAUGCUAGGACCUUGAGGAACGGUUGUUCCAGCCAGUAUAGCUCGGUUGCUUCAUCACGAUAGGUAAACCCGACCACCACGUCAAGGUAGCAACAACGGUCGGGUUACCAAUUAUAGAUCACUCUUCAUAACUAUUAUUAAACUCAUGAAGUAUUCCCAACAUUUCCUUACAAUGAAGGGAAGUUGAACACUGGUUUUACUUUUGCAUGCCACUGAUAUUUCCUAAAUAAAUAUAGUAAUCCAAAAGGCCGUAAACUUUGAACCCUCGUAAAACGUGAAUCUUGAAACGCUAAUUCAUCAUAUAAACAUACCUAAAAUUUACACGCGGAUACAAAGAAACCAAUGCGUUUAUACUAACGGGGACUUCAUUGGCCAAGAAUAUCGAAAUGUUAGUUCUCUGAAACUAAGCCCAACAGUUUAAAGAUUGUAACCACGAAAACCUCGCACUUUGUAAGUGCAUGUUCUUUUAUGUUUAGUAUCACGAUCUUAAGUAGGCAUCGAAAACAAUCUUGGAAAGUCCAAGAUCUAGAUCACAUACGUUCUGGAAAAAGCCCUGAUAGCCCAAGUUUUAUCGAGUCCAUGCUGCCAAUCAGCAGUAAUUUUGAGAGGGUGAGACUUCAAAAUACUUCAGUCACCGUGUAAUAAAUAGGUUGAGGCAGUUGUUAGCGGACAGAGGUGUGUUUAGUUGGGAGUAACUAUAUUUGAUUUCCUCAAAUGGCAGCCUAAUGAUCUUAUUAUGAAAGUUACGUACCGUUGAGGAAUCCUGAUCUAUCGAAUUCUGUGCCACCUGUGCCAAUCAAAAGCAUGUUGUUAUAUGUCACACACAUGAUCAAACAAGCCAUACAUUUAUCCCAUCUUAUUGAUUUUAGGCGAACAUCUACUGAGCAGUUCCUUGUGAGAAUAUACAUACGCUAAAAUAGUCAUGAUAUGUGAUUUUUUUCAAGAUGCACUUUUAUUCCUAAUAAGCUACCAUGUACUAGACUUAAGGCAGGAUGAAGACUCCAAAGGGUUUGACUUGUAUUCAGAACAGAUGAGUGCUAGGAGGUAAACGUCCAUCACUACUCUACUAAAUCAUUGCCCUUUUUGAAACGGAAGUCAUUGAUAUAGACGAGUAGUGAUGGACGUUUACCUCCUAGCACUCAUCUGUUCUGAAUACAAGUCAAACCCUUUGGAGUCUUCAUCCUGCCUUAAGUCUAGUACAUGGUAGCUUAUUAGGAAUAAAAGUGCAUCUUGAAAAAAUCACAUCUUUCAUGACGGCGAACCAUUGAAAA